AUGCGGGGGCGGAUCUUGGGGAUUCUUCUCGGAAUCCCAAACAGCACCACGAUGGAGCCGUGGAUCCACGUCAACCAGCUGAGGCGCCACUCGGACGUUUUGCCAACCUGGGACCCGAGGCUCGCCGCGGACGCUGGCAUCCUGCACUUCGCCGCGGGUGCCGCCCUCGACGUCGGCGCGUCCGCGGGAUUCCAGGCCUGGCCGCACACCUACUGCGCGGCGCCAGUGGUCGACAACUCGACCGGCGAUGCCGGCGAUGCCGACCCCGUCGGGUUCUUCGCGGUGGGCGUGGACUGCUGUGACAGGCGCGGCGGUUUCACGUGCGACGGGGCCGAGGACCACCAGACGUGCG